AUUUAUAUAUUUUCUUAUAUUAAUGACAUUUCAAUAUGAGAAAAGAAAUAUGUGUCUUCGUUUUAUUUAUUAAUUACAUAUUUGUAGCAAACGCUUCAUCUGUGUCUCUUGUUCGCUUAGUCGACCACACUAGCUUUGCGCUGUCCAUAAUACAAGAGACGAUGAGUAGAGUUGAAAAAAGUCACUGGUGUAGCCUGAAAUUAGAAGACAUGUUUAUUAAUAUAAGCGACGAUAUACUAGGAGUGCCAACAUCAGCUGAUGUUGAAUUUACUAACGGUUUCUUGGUAUCACUUCGAAACAUAGAUAUAGUGAGGAGCACCGUGCAACAAGUAUGGAUACCAUUUACCGGGAACACAACGUCCGUCGAAGUACGCGCUACGAUGAGAAUGCUUGAUGCUGUUAUUGGAUAUGACGUUGUUGCCAAAAUGCAAAAAGGAAUAUACCGAUCGACAGGAACGAUGCGGUACCCUGAAAUCCAGUUUCCAUUUGUGAUAGCUAAAAACUUAUUUACGGAUGAUAUAACAGUCACCGUGCGCAGCACACCGGUGAUAACAUCAAAUCUUAUGCAUUUAACGCCAGAAGACGAGAUAAGCAAAGUCGUAACAGUUUUGUUCGACUGGAAUUGUACAGCUAGCAGCUUCCUGAGCUGGGCUACUGAUAUAUUUGCCCCAAUCGCACUCGAUCUGGUGAAGAAUGAAAUUGAAUUCCCUAGAAUAUGUUACAAUUGUAACGUUCAAUAA